GGUGAUUACGACAGCGCCGAGCUGGUUCGCGGACGCUCUCAAAUCGUAUGGUCGCCAAUUUGGGGGCGCGGACGACGACCAUAUUGCAAUUGCCCUUCGAAUGCUCACACCGGCAACGACACCGCGCGACGACCCGUCCAAGAAGCGGCGGCGGCCCGAGACGACAUCGACGACGACCAACGCCGUGCCAGGCCAGGGCCCGUGGACCAACGACGAGCACGAGCGCUUCCUCCUCGGCAUUCGCCUGUUUUCCGAAGGACCUUGGAAGGCGGUGGCCGAGUUUGUGCAGACGCGCAACGCCAAGCAGACGCAGACGCACAUGCAAAAGUGCAAGGAGAAGAUGCUGCGAAAGCUGCGGACGAUGGACAUCAACGUCGACGACGUCUCGGCCGAGUACGACGCGUCCAAGGCCAUGGGCACCAUCAAGACGUUCAAGCAGCUGCACUACAAGCAGUGCGAGGACGCCAAGCUGCCGGACGUGCACCCAAUUCCGUUCGACCCGACAAAGACGCCGACGACCGACGACGCCAUGGAGCUGCACGUCUUUGCGUCGAUCGCGAGCAUGAUGAACUUCGACGAGUGUCUCGACUUCUUCCUCGACGACAUGGCCCCGACGCUCCUCGGCGACGACGACGACGAUGCGUACUAGCCCCGGACUUGUUUAAUUUAAUCCUCCUUUGCAUGACUC